UGGGAGGAAUAUUUCUUCUGCAGUUUAAAUAGCGACGCAGCCUUGACCAACAGAAAGGAAAGGAAAACAGCUUUCGUAUCCGAGAGGAGCUUUGUGACAAUGUUUGACCUGAGGACACACAGGUAGCACAUUCAAUCGGCCCGGAUUUGGACGGGAAGAACCCGGGAGAAGCAGCAGCAAAGCCUGUUAUCGAUUUCCAGACCAUGAACUAUGUGGGUCAGCUGGCGGGCCAGGUGUUUGUGCAGGUCAAGGAGCUGUACAGAGGCCUCAACCCUGCCACGCUGUCCGGCUGUAUCGAUGUGAUUGUGGUGCGGCAGCCCAAUGGCUCCCUGCAGUGCUCACCCUUCCACGUGCGCUUUGGCAAGAUGGGCGUCCUUCGCUCACGGGAGAAAGUGGUGGACAUUGAGAUCAACGGGGAACCAGUGAGUUUGCACAUGAAACUGGGGGAGAAUGGAGAGGCCUUCUUUGUUAAAGAAGCUGAGAACACAUUGGAAGUCGUUCCAGCAUACCUAGCGACGUCACCCAUCAUGUCGACAGGAGCGGAGUUGAUGGAAACCCAGCUGAGCAGGAGUAGCACACGUCACCACGACAACAUGCUGUGCGGCUCACUUCCUGCCCAGAGCAUCGGGCCGCAGCAGGGUGACGGAGGGAUGAGCAAGAAGAGGAGGAAGAGGAGGAGAAAGGCUCGGCCAGACGGUGGAGGAGGAAGAAAGGACGAAAGCGGGGAGGAGUUUUCGGAUGAUGACAGCAUGUUUACUAUUGACCUGAGCUCUGAUGAGGAGAGAGAAGGUGACGCUGGCAGGACACUAUACGGCGAUGAAGGGUCAGCUGCCAACACACACACCAGUUCAGACUGGAACCAUCCACAGAGUCAUGUGAUUAAGGACACUCUCUCCACCCCGCUGUCCUGCGGUCUGUCCAUCUCUUGUCCACAGCAGACCUCUCACUUCCCCUCCCACAUUAGCAACGCAGAUGACUGUCUGUCUUCAACGCCCAAGAGUGACUCUGAGCUAGCCAGCCGGGCAAAAGACAACCCUGAGAUGCUGUGGACCUGGGGGGAGCUGCCACAAGCUGCACAGCCGUCCUUCCUGACUUCCCAUCAGAAGCAGGAAAGUGCCACAUCAGUCACCAUCCCAGUGUCCUCCAGCACUCACUUCAAGACCAUCAGCGACACCGGGCCACCCUCAAAAAAUCUUUAUACCGCCCAGCAAGAAGAGACAUAUGCUGACAAGCACCCUGAUGGUGGAAGCACAGUGGAGAGUGUGGGUGCGUCAUGCGCAGAGAUGGAGAGUUUAUCAACAUGUUUAGUGUCCCCCGGCAUCCUCCCUGAUCAUUUGGAGGAAGGCAGGAACAGAGGAAGUCCUGUCAGAAGAACAGACUCACCUUCCAAGAGGAAAGAGAAAAGAAGCCAACACCUUGGCACUGAUGGAGUAUAUCUGGAUGAUAUCACAGAACUGGAGCCUGAAGUCGCUGCACUGUACUUCCCUAAAAGUGACGGAGGCAGCAGCUCAAUGAAGGUGGACACAGAGAUGAUGAUGAUGGAUGUGAGGAGUGCUAAUCAGUCUCCACAGUCGGUGAGCAGCAGCGGGAUAGACAGCGGUCUGGACAGUCUGUUGGACCACAUGGGCGACCUCCCUCACGUGGCCAUUUCGCUGUGCGGCGGCCUCAGCGACAACAAGGAGAUCACCCAAGAACAGUUCCAGGAGAGGGCAGUGACCUACCAGCAGUUCUCCGAAAACCCUUCCAUUAUCGACGAUCCCAAUCUGGUGGUGAAGAUUGGCAACAAGUACUACAAUUGGAGCACAGCAGCUCCUGUCAUGUUGGCCAUGCAGGUCUACCAGAAACCAUUGCCACAGUUUUGGUGUUUGAGUUAUUUCUUUUCUGCUUUCGGCCUCUUCUCAUACUGCCUCCCUGGUCUGUUUGGCUCCAGAGCGUCUGAGCCGGCCUCUGUGGAGAACAUCAUGAAGGAGAAGAUGCCCAAGAAAGGCGGGCGCUGGUGGUUCUCCUGGAGGAGCAGGACCAGUGACUCUAAAUCGGAGUCAGCGACGGAGACGGCGGGAGAGAUCACCAUGGCGACAGCAGGCAGGAUGAAAGAUGAGUCAUCCUCAAGUGAUGAGGACCAUGUGUCUGGUACCGGCCAGUCUGAGUCCCUUGUUGGUUCUGGUAACAUUUGUUACAAGAAGACGCUUAGGCUGACCUCGGAGCAGCUGGCGAGCCUGCAGCUGAAGGAGGGUCCAAACGAGGUGGUGUUCAGCGUGACAACUCAGUAUCAGGGCACGUGUCGCUGCCACGGAACCAUCUAUCUGUGGAACUGGGACGACAAGCUGGUCAUCUCCGACAUCGAUGGAACCAUCACUAGGUCGGACACACUGGGCCACAUCCUCCCCACUCUGGGGAAGGACUGGACUCACCAGGGCAUCGCAAGGCUCUACCACAAAGUCAGCCAGAAUGGGUAUAAGUUCAUGUACUGCUCGGCGAGGGCCAUCGGGAUGGCAGACAUGACCAGAGGUUACCUGCACUGGGUCAAUGAGAGAGGAACCAUGCUGCCUAUGGGCCCAGUGCUGCUCAGCCCCAGCAGCCUUUUUUCUGCCUUGCACAGGGAGGUGAUUGAGAAGAAACCAGAGAAGUUUAAGAUUGAGUGUCUCACGGACAUCAAGCAACUUUUCUACCCGAAUACUGAACCUUUCUAUGCUGCUUUUGGCAACAGAGCUACGGACGUGUAUUCCUACAAGGAGGUGGGCGUUCCCCUCAACAGGAUCUUCACUGUCAAUCCCAAAGGGGAGCUGAUCCAGGAGCAUGCCAAAACCAACAUCUCCUCGUUUGGUCGUCUCUGCGAGAUGGUGGAUCACGUCUUUCCUAUCGUACUCCGCAAAGAAGAAGCAGACUUCACCCGUUCGGAUGCGUUAGACCAGUGUAACUACUGGAGCCAGCAGCAUCCUGAUGGCAGCACACAGGAGGAACAGGAGGACUCUCAGCUUCUUGUUGAAUGAGCCCGCGUGGACACGGUGAAGAUAAGACGCGCGAUCCUGAAUGUGAUUUACCGUAACACUGUGCCAUUGUUCAACAGCAAACUGACGCUACACCUCUGUAAAGUAGGAAGCCAUCGGAAGUGCGGAAUUACCUCAAGAAAUGCACAAAAUGGCCGACAAAACAGGCAUUGAGGGGCAGAUGUGAAGACUUACUUGUUCUACAACGUCCUUAAUGCACAACCACUCACACACAAAAGCACAGCUCACAAGUCAAUCGAUGACUUGAAACAAUAUUCUUAUCUUGAAUCCUUCAUUACCUCCACGUUGCACACUAACUGGCACACACACACACGUAAUAUAAUGUAUACCUAUGAAAUGUAUAAUCCAGCCAUCAUCAGGGACUUUUUACCCAUUUAGCACAUUAUUUCAACAAAUAUUCUUGAUACAUAUGAAGGAAUACAGUAUGAAGAUAAUAAUGCUCAGUUUAAUGACUUUAACAACAUGUAAGUGCUGCUUCUAAUAUUUUGACACUUGAAUGUCCCUUAAUUGAAAUGAAAUAGGACAAUAGUGUGGGGCAUCAUUAUCACUAUUUUUAUUACAGCAUAAGUCUCAAUUAUUAACAUAUUUUGUAUACAUUUAAAAUGAUUUUUAUGACUGUAUUUUGAUUUUGUAUAUAUAUUUUUGUGUUAGAUUUUUAUUAUAUUUGUAUAUAUUCUAGUAUUGUUUAGUAUAUGUUUGAAUGUUGUUUCUGUGUUAAAUAUACCAGAUUUCAGUGCAAUGUCAAUACGUAUUUGGGGAUACAUAGUAUGUGGUUAUUAUUAGUAGUAUUAUAAUAAAAUAUAACAUUUAGCUACAUGAGAGGGGGACAUAUUACAAACAGCACUCAGCAUGACGCAGACUACGACUACUGUUAAAUCAAUACCUCUCAAAACUGGUCAUUAUUAUCUUUGUAAAGUGCUCUGAAUAGAUCGCAUAAGCGUACCUAAUAAAGUGUCCGGGAGCCACGCAGUCAAUCAAACCUCAAACUAAAAGACAGCUGUUGACCAAUGUGGUCACAUGACCACGCUACUGUGAAAGCGACAGUUCCACACACGCGUACACACUGUGUUACUGUCCUCGUUCAUAUCAAUGCAACCUUUUCAUGUCGACUUCUAUCACUGCUAUGUGGAAAUACUCUGUUUUUUUUUUUUUAGAUGGGUCUUGCAUGCUAUUCCCUUACACCUCACGGGGUGGGGGGGGGUGGGGGCUGUAAAUAUGAACUAAUGUGACGACAAAAAUCAGUAAAUAUCCACUAAACCUUUGGUGCUAACGAAAGCAAUAGAAUGAGAGACCAUAACAACUUAGAAGUACGCAAAUGCGGUCAAGUAGCGCUUGUACUCUCAUGCUAAUUGAAUGUGAAUACAAACAGUGGACUGACUUACUGCACACCACCAAGCUGUGGUGAUUUUAUUAUUUUGGUUCUUUUUUCUUUCUUUUUUUACACACAAAAAUGUUUGUAAUCUACCUUAAAAGUGAUUUUAAUGGUAACAUUGCUAUGCAUCAUCAUGAAUAAUUACAGCAGUGACUGGCCACCUCAUUUCUGUUUUAUGAAGUAGUAUUUGUAAGAUCUCAUUUAUUUUACAGAGAAUGCAAUCCACCUCCCAUGUCUUUUUUGUAUUUUUAUCAUUUAAUUCUUUCUGUGAAAGAUCUAAUACAAAUAUUGAUAAGUCUG